AUGGAGCCACACUUAUUCAGCGAUGAUACUUCAAAGACUAUUGUAUGGAGGUCAUCGUUCGACGAACCAAUAAAUCAAAUUGGUACCCCUGAGGAUGCAUGGCGUGUCCCAAUAGAUGUCGAACAAGACAUUGUGUUGUGUCCAGAGUCACGCAGAGCUGCUGGUAGGCGAAGAAAAAGAAGGUAUCAAACCGUUGAAGACAAGAUUAGAUUAUCACAAGGAGGACAAGUUAAGAAGAGGCACAUGUGCAGUCGCUGUUUUAAAGAAGGUCACAACAGAGCAACAUGUGAUAUGCCAAUAUAG